AUGGAGAGCAUGUCUCUCACCCAGCUGCUACUGAGCACGCUCUUCCUUCUCUGUCCAUCGGGUGCUGAGGAGGAGACUGAGGCUCUCUCCUGCCCAGAACACCAGCAGGGCUUUGAUCGCUCCUGUUAUGAGUUUGUGGGUCUCCGGCGUUCUUUCUUCAGUGCUCAGGGUUGGUGUGAGCGAGGUGGAGGACACUUGGCAUUCAUCCAGAAUGAGGAAACCCAGCAGUUCCUUCAGAAGCACCUGGAGUCUGAGACAGACUGGUGGCUGGGCCUCGCCCCGGCCUCUGCUAACCUUACUCUGGAUUCUUCUGCUGCUGAAGGGCCCCUGUCGUGGCUGGAUGGCUCAGAUGUCAGCUACUCUAACUGGGUGAGCAGUCCAGCUCCAGGGGCUGGCUGUGCCCACAUCCUCAGAAGCUCAGGCUUCCAGUGGGAGGCCACAGCCAACUGCAGCCAGGAGUUCACCUUUGUCUGCGAGUUUGAGUCCGGUCGCACUAUUGCAUGUGCACACCACAACGCCACACUGCAGUGUGGUUCUGGUCAAGUGAUAGAGGUUGAUGACAGCUUCUAUGGUCGUAAAACAGCUCAUUACUGCCGUUUGAGCCCCAACCCUUCACCCACAUCAACACAGGAAGAGUGCAGCUGGAUGGAUGUUGUAGAUUCAGUAACAGGAGAUUGUCAUGGGCUGCAGGUGUGCCAGGCUACUGUAGAUGUGACCUCUUUUGGUGAACCCUGUCCUGGACUUGGAAGCUACCUGUCUGUGGAGUACCACUGCAAAGAGGGUCUGAACCUAUUAAUGAGCAAUUUGGCCGCAGUCUAUGAUGACGUGACAUUUACGGUGAAGUGGCUCCUACAUCCAUUCCAGGGCAACCUCAGCUGCUCCCUGAGGGCCGGAGAUGGACACAACGUUGACCCCUACAGUCCGAAGGAGUUAGAGAGCAGUGUGGUUCAUAAAUACAGCCAUCCAGGAGUGUAUUUGGUUUUGGUGGAGUGUAGUACCAGUGAAUGGCAUGUUACGGUUCAGAAAACCAUCACCAUUCAGGAGCCUGUCGGAGAGUUUGGUGUCAUCAAAUGCUACAGCCAAGACCACUCAACAGAUGGCGCCAACUGCAAAGGUCUCUAUGGGAGCCUAUUGCGAAUCCAGGUAGAAGUGGAAGCUGGUACAAAUGUGACCUAUAGAAUCCAGAGUGGGGACACGUUGGUGUCUCACUCCUCUGUGGUCAGAGGAAUCGUUCCCCACAACAUAACAGUGGCUCCAGAGGUUCAGGAGCAGCUUGGGUCUGGCUGCCACCAGCUAAGCCUGAAGGCGUCCAAUGGGGUCACGACCCCCGGAGUGUCCACAGAGCUGCAGGUGUGCCUGCUGGAGCCAGUGGAAGGCUUGCAGGCCUCCUUGCUGCUAGAGGAGGGCCAGUGUCCAGACUCCCACCUCCCCAUCAGUGUCUCUCUGGAGCGUGGAGCUCCAGCACAGCUCCUGUUCUCUGUGACUGGAGACAACAAGACUUUCUCUGAGACCAGACACAUGCACAACAGCAGUCUGCAAGUUUACAACAUCACACCAACAGUAGAAGGUAGUUUGGAGAUAACAGUUAAAGCCUGGAAAGUCUUCUCAGACAUGGAGGUGGAGGUGAAUUUGUGGAACGUCACAGUUGCCUGCAGCAACUUUUUAGACCUUUUACAUGACCAUGGAAACACGACAGGGCAUGUCAGAAAGCCUAGAGCUUAUUCCUUAAGGAUAACUUCAACUCCAGAUACCCUUGUUGACUACAGUGACAGCGUCAUGAUGGCAGUAACUGGUCUGUUUGGGCUGGCCAGUGGAAGGUGGAGCAAGUUUGAAUGGUCAUGCAAGAUCAAUUGCAAAUGCAAUGACAUAAUAAACAAGAACAAGGAGGGCACUCUUGUCAUUGACAAAACAUGCCUUCCUGAUUCGUUUGCGUUCAGUGAAUUCACUUUUCAAGUGAAGCUGAAGUCAUUCUUUAACAAAUGGUACACCCUAACUUCAGCAUCCAGAUGCAUAUCUGUAACUCCUAAGGAAUUUGUCAAUGUCAGCAUCAGUUGCAGUGAUUGUGACACAUCACAGGAUGUAAAUCUAGAAUUGGACUGUGUUGGAAGCUGCCCGAAGGUGGUUUGGCAUAUUGAGGACCCAGGACCUUGGACUGGUGACCUGAAAGAAUGCUACACCAGUGCAGGCAGAAAGCCACUGAUUGAGAAAAAAGUUGGUGGCAACAGGUAUAGGGUGGCUGAAAAAUAUCUGCAGACAGCAAAGAGCACGCUUCAAAAUCUCAAUGUCAUUGCUUAUGGUGAGACAACACCUGGCUUUGCCAAAUACACCAUACAAAUACCAGGCGUAAUGACUCCUGUUCCUGUCAGUAACACCCAGCCUGCCACCACCCAGUCCACCACCACUCCCACACCCCCGUCAUGUACCAUCUCCCCACAAAACGGCACUGUCCUGGAUCCAUUCAACAUCAACUGCACCGCCUCCUCCUUCUGUUCGUCAGGCAACUGCCUGUACUGCUUCAGGACAAACAAAGGAAAUCAUCUUCGCUGCAGUUCUGCCAAUGAAGUAAAGUCUAUUUACCUUCCUCUGGGGGAGGAAAGCAACAAUUACAGUCUGUCCGUGGUGGCAACAGUCAAAAACGGGUUCACAAAGACAAGCACUUUCUUCACCACGCAGGUACGUCCGGCCAACUCCAGCUCUACAGUGCAGGAGCUCCAGUCUGCGGUGGUGGACUCUGUAGCCCAGCUGCAGCAGCAGGGGCUGCUCUCUGGAGAGAACCUGGGACAGAUGUUCCAGUCUGUGUCUGACAUGCUGAACAACGGUGGGGGCAGUGCAGAGCAAACGGAUGCUAGGAAGAAGCUGCGAGAGCAGAUGCUAACCAGUAUGAAUGAAGUGCUGCAGAACUCCCCAAUUAACUCCACCCAGGAGGUGCAGGUAACUGCAGGAGCCGUGGUGGGGCUCACCACGAAACCUGAGGAGCUGACCCCGGCUGCUCAGGAAAAAGCCAGUUCCCUGGUGGCAGAUCUCAGCUCCUCCCUGCUAUUCAUGAACGUCAGUCAGGAAAAUGGAGGUGACCAGGUGGUGAAUGCUGCCAAUCCCAUAGUGGAGGCGGCCAGCAACAUUUUAAAAGUCUCUUCUAAUAAAAAGAUUUCAAAUGUUCUUCUCGAUGGAAUGGACAAUGUGCAAAGUGCAUUGUUGAAUGGGAAAGGGAUUGACCAGGGGCCUGCCAUUGUCAGCAUGGAAAAGAUCAGUUUGUUUGUCAACAGAGUGUCUCCAGAAACCCUUCAAAUGCAGUCGAUCGUCGUUCCCAAGAACACCUCCUCCAGCUUCUCCUUCCCUCCCCUGCCUGCUGACGUCCUUUCUCUGGAGGAACCAGUGGAUGUGCGGAUGAUGAGUUUCGAAAGGAAUCCCUUUUCUUGGAGUAAAGAUGCUGACAUCAGCGGUGCUGUGGGCUCUGUCUCUCUCAGCAGAGAAAAUGGCUCAGUCAUCCCCAUAGAGAAUCUGACUAAUGAGAUAGAGAUAUUAUUGCCCAGGCUGGAUGGAGAACAGGUGAACAGUACAAUCUUGAACCUGAGUAACUACAGCACUCUGAAGAUCAACGUUCCUUCACCGGAUGUGACGCUGGUGCUGAGGAUGGAGCCAUCAGAGGACUUGACCUUUAAACUGUUCCUGGGUGAUAAGAACUACCCCACCACAGCGGAUUAUGUAGCUAAGACUCAGAUGCCUAACAAUGGCACGAUACAAGAGGAGCGGUACAUAUGGGUGCUGGCUCCCAGUGAUAGAGGAGGACAUGUCGGGGAGCACUACCUUGUGGUGCAACCCAUUGUGGAGGCAGGGGUUAAAUCAGUAAAUGCCAGCGUGUCUGUCACCUCCAUUGCUGCCCAGUGCAAGUAUUGGAAUGAGUCUCAAUCAGCUUGGAGUGAAGCCGGCUGCAGGGUUGGCCCUCUCACCACCCCGUUUGUCACUCAGUGCCUAUGUAACCACCUGACCUUCUUUGGAAGCUCUUUCUUCGUCAUGCCCAACGUUGUGGAUGUGUCUCGCACCGCAGAGCUCUUCUCUACCUUCACUGAAAACCCAGUGGUUGUGUGCUUUGUGGGCGCCAUCUUUGUAGCUUAUCUCCUGGUGGUCGUGUGGGCACGCAGAAAAGACAUCAACGAUACUGCCAAGGUAAAGGUAACAGUACUGGAGGACAACGACCCUUUGGCUGAGUAUGGCUACAUGCUGAACAUCAGCACAGGACAUCGACGUGGUGCCUCCAGCUCAGCUCAGGUAACCGUGACUCUGCUGGGCACAGAGGGGGAGAGUGAGCCCCACCACCUCACUGACCCUGACAAACCUGUGUUUGAGAGGGGUGCAGUAGAUACCUUCCUGCUGACCACCCCCUUCACCCUGGGGGAACUGCAGAGCAUCAGGGUGUGGCACGACAACUCUGGAGAACACCCUAGCUGGUACAUAAACAAAGUAAUGGUGCAAGAUUUACAAACUGGGCAGAAGUGGCAUUUCCUCUGUAACUCCUGGCUUGCGAUCGAUAUGGGAGACUGCCUUCUGGAUAGAACAUUCCCUGUUGCCACUGAAAUGGAUCUUAAGAGAUUUAGUAACCUGUUCUUCAUGAAGACCGCCAAGGACUUCCGUGAUGGUCACAUCUGGUUUUCUGUGGUCAGCCGUCCUCCAAACAGCACCUUCACAUGUGUGCAGCGAGUAUCAUGCUGUUUUUCUCUGCUGCUCUGCACCAUGUUGACCAAUAUCAUGUUCUAUGGCAUCCCGACUGACCCCUCUGAACAAACAAUGGACCUGGGUCACAUUGAGUUCACCUGGCAACAAGUGAUGAUUGGAGUUCAAAGUUCUAUCAUCAUGUUCCCCAUCAAUCUGCUGAUUGUGAGUAUCUUCAGAAACACCCGUCCCCGACAGAAGAAGCCUGGUCAACCCAAGACAGAGGCCUCCAAGCAGGGGAAGACUGGCCGUGUGUCUCCAUCACAGCCUCCUUCUCCACAGAUGGAACACAAGGACAUCACACCAGACACUGUCAUCAAGGACAUCAAGAGGAUAGCCCAGUCUCUCUCCAAGGCCAUGAAGAGCCCCAUGCCUCGUCUGGACUUGGAGCUGGGGUCUGGACGACAGGCUGACAUCAACACUCUGCUCUCUCUGGUGGAGGACAUUAUCAGACAGCAGAACCGUGCAGGUGGAGAGUUCUACACUGAUGUCUGCAAGAGAGAAGGAUCUCUUCUUCUGUCUUUAGGUUCAGUUGAACUUCAAGACAGCAGCUUGUGUGGGAGCCCUGAGAAAACUGCAGACAGGAGCCAGAAACGGAGCAGCAACAGUCAGUAUCUGUACAGGCAGCUCCGCCAUGUUGAGAAGGAGUUGAGUCUACUGGGACCCUCUCGCUUCCCUAACCCACACAGCUAUCAGCGGGCUGUGCAGCAGGUCCAGGGCAUGAAGGGAUUGCUGGAGUCACAGCUCUCUUCCUCCAGCCUUGGAGUCGACCAACCAGCUUGCAGCAUCAGCACAGCAGAGAGCCUUGACGAGGACACCAGCAAGAGGAAGUGCUGUCAAGGAGGGCUGCCGUGGUGGUUUGUGUUUGUGGGCUGGAUACUGGUGCUAGCAACUAGCGGUGUGUCAGGAUUCUUCACUAUGAUGUAUGGACUGCAUUAUGGGAAGGAGCGCUCCGUCAGCUGGCUCAUAUCUAUGGUUGUGUCCUUCUUUGAGAGCCUCUUUAUCACACAACCUCUUAAGGUGCUAGGAUUUGCUGUCUUCUUUGCUCUUGUGCUUAAGAAAGUUGAUCAGGAAGAAUAUGGUGAUCCUAAGGUUGACGGAAUUCUCAGAAACCCAGAUGAAGCUGGUGCAAUGCGGGCAGCCAGGAGAGACAGCACAUGCAGCUUCUACCAACCCCCUCCUCCAAGUGACAUUGAGAAAAUGAGGAACAACAUGAUGAAAGAACAGAAGGUCUUUGCCCUCAUCAGGGAGAUUCUAACCUACAUGGGGUUUAUGUGGAUGUUACUCCUGGUGGCAUAUGGCCAGAGGGAUCCCAAUGCUUACUUCUUGACUCGACACAUCCAGCAGAGCUUCAGCCAAGGAAUUUCUGACAACAUGAGUCCUGGUGAUGUGUUCACCUGGGCAAACACCUCUCUACUAAACAACCUGUUUGGAGAAUAUCCAGGUUUCAUCACAGAUGGGAACUCCAAGCUGGUGGGUAAUGCCCGCCUUCGCCAGGUGAGGGUACAGAAGAACUCGUGCCGUGUUCCCCGCUCCAUGCGCCAGUCUGUGCCUGACUGCCAUGCUCCCUACUCAUGGGAGGUGGAGGACAUGGGCUCCUAUGGGCCCGGCUGGAACCGCUCUGUGGGGGACAACUCCUCAGUGAGCCUUCGCAGCCCAUGGAAGUACCAGAGCCAGGCCCGACUGAGGUCAUAUCCUGUCUGGGGUAGUUUGGUUCUCUACAGAGGAGGCGGCUUUGUGGAGGAACUGGGCCCAGACUCAUACAAUGCCAGCAGAACCAUUCAGUACCUGUUUGACAGCACAUGGAUUGACAUGUACACCCGGGCAGUCUUCAUAGAAUUCACUGUGUAUAAUGCCAAUGUCAACCUCUUCUGCAUUGCCACUCUCAUGCUGGAGACCUCUGCCGUAGGGGCGUUCCAGUUCCGCAGUGAUCUGCAGAGUGUUCGUCUUUACCAAUCGACUGGUGGUCUUCACAUCUUUGUCAUGGCCUCUGAGGUCGUCUACUUUCUCUUCAUCCUGUAUUACAUGUUUGUUCAGGGCAAGCUGAUGAAGCAGCACAAGUGGGGUUACUUCAGGAGCAAGUUUAACCUGGUGGAGCUGGCUAUCAUCAUCCUGAGCUGGAGCGCUCUGUCUGUCUUUAUCAAGAGGACUCUUCAGGGGAACAGCGACAUGGCCUACUACCACGACCACAAAGACGAGUUUGCCAGUUUCCAUGCUACAGCGACUGCUGAUGCUGUGCUGGGCUAUCUGAUAGCCUUCCUGGUUCUGCUGGCAACAGUGAAGCUCUGGCAUCUGAUGAGGCUCAACUCCAAGCUGCACAUGAUCACAGCCACACUGCAGAGGGCCUGGACUGACAUCUCAGGCUUCCUGGUGGUCAUCACCAUCAUGACUCUUGCGUACUCUAUUGCUUGCAAUCUAAUGUAUGGCUGGAAGCUGUACUCUUACAAGACCCUCAUGGAUUCUGCUCAGACAAUGGUCAGCCUGCAACUGGGAAUCUUCAACUAUGAGGAGGUGCUGGAUUAUAAUCCAGUGUUGGGUGCGUUCCUCAUUGGCUCCUGCAUCGUGUUCAUGACCUUUGUGGUGCUGAACCUUUUCAUUUCCGUCAUCCUGGUGGCUUUCAGUGAAGAGCAGAAACAUCACAAGCCCUCUGAAGAAGAGGAGAUAGUGGACCUGAUGCUGAUGAAGCUCUGCAGUUUGUUUGGGAUCAAGUACAAGAAAGAGGAGAGAAAUGACAACAAAGGUCCCUCCACUAUUUCCACAUAGAAAACGUAUUCUACACAAGCUUGUGUUCCCUGCUGUAGGAGUAGCACCUUAAACAAACACCUGUAUGUGACUUGUUGCCCCAGAAGCUAUUUGUGUUGUUCCGUGAUCAAAUACAGCAUUUAAAUUUGAGAUCUUGUUCAUGUCUUGUCUCUUGAGGUUGCAUGUAUACUUGUAAUAACAGGAGACAUUAUCCAGUGUUUAGACAAUUCAAGUGGAUUGCUGUAUUACUGUAUUUUUGGUUGAAAUAUAUAUAAAUGUGGUAAGAUACAUGUUAAACUAUACUUAUCAGUGGU